UUUACAAAUAAAAAGAAAUCUAAGUACAAGGUCAGCUUCUUUCGCGUACUCGUACAAACUCAAAUAAAAUCCAGAGCAAAGCGGUUUCUAACUAAGCAGUGUCAAAAUGCCGAAAGUGAGGACAAACAGGGUCAAAUACCCGGAGGGAUGGGAGUUAAUCGAGCCUACGCUUCGCGAACUCGAUGGGAAGAUGAGGGAAGCGGAACUUGAUCCACAUGAUGGAAAGAGAAAGUGUGAGGCUCUGUGGCCUAUUUUCAAAAUCACACAUCAAAAGAGCCGAUAUGUAUAUGAUCUUUAUUAUAGAAGGAGUGAGAUAUCUAAGGAGCUUUAUGAGUUCUGCUUGGACCAAGGUUAUGGGGAUCGUAACCUAAUCGCUAAAUGGAAGAAGCCAGGAUAUGAACGACUGUGCUGUCUUCGCUGCAUCCAGCCCAGGGAUCACAACUUUGGCACAACUUGUGUGUGCAGGGUUCCCAAGCAUUUGAGGGAAGAGAAGGUUGUUGAGUGUGUGCAUUGUGGUUGUGGAGGCUGUGCGAGUGGAGAUUGAUUGCUACUUUAUGUGAGCCUUUUUUUUUAUGCUACAACCUUUCUGCUUAUCUGAAGCCCAGGUGUGGCAUUUGUUGUAGUAGCUAAUGUAGUCCUCGAUGUAGAAAAAGAUACUUGGACGGCCAACUGAAGAAGAAUGAGACUUUUGUUGUA